ACCAGUCUCAAAGUCCACAAUUUGGGAAAGGUACAAGGAAGAAAUUUGAUUAGUCGGAGUUUUGUUCUUCGUCACAAAUUUCCGACGGAUCUUCUUGCUUGCGGAAAAAAUCCAAAAGUACCACAGUUUAAAAAAACAAUUCCAAAAAUACCACCCAAUCCCAAAAAAUUCCAAAAAUAUCACCCUUUUUUAAAAAUCGCCACCCCACCCAGCGGUUUGGUCAAUUUUUUCUUUUUUUUUUCCCGAUCAACUCCUAACUUCGGCCGAAACUUCAAACGAACGUAACUUUGCACUCGGGUAUCCGAUCGAUGCGAUUUUUGUUUCUUCAUUUCCCAUAACUUUUCAAGAUCUACAACUUUUAGUAGGAUGAAAUUUUCAAAACAGGAACUAUUUGUGGAUUUACGGGACCUUGAGAAUAACUUUACCUUUACUUUUCAUAAAUACAUGUACAUUUUGAAAUUAUGAUUAUAUUAAAAGUUGUAGAUCUUGAAAAGUUAUUUGGAAUAAAAAAAAAAUUCAUGACAUUCGGAUUUUGGAGCACAAAGUUAUGGCCGCCCAAAGUUUGACGAAAUAAAAAAAAAGCUCGUUCGGGGUGGCAAAUGACAUUUUUUCGAGACGAAGGCGGGACCCGGAGGUUUGCGGCUUGCAAGAUCUCAAAAAGUUAUUCGGAUUCAAAAAAUGGAGGCCGCAAACUUUUUGAGAUCUUGCAAGCCGCAUACCGUCGGGUCUCGCAUUUCGUCAAACUUUGGGCGGUCAUAACCUUGUGCUCCAAAAUUUGAAUGUUAUGAAUUUUUUUUUAUUCCGCAUAACUUUUCAAGAUCUACAACUUUUAAUAUAAUCAUAAUUUCAAAAUGUACAUGGAUUUGUGAAAAGUAAAGGUACAGUUAUUCUCAAGGUCCCGUAUAUCCACAAAUAGUUCCAGUUUUGAAAAUUUCAUCCUACUAAAAGUUGUAGAUCAUGAAAAGUUAUGCGAAAUGAAAAAAAGAAUCGCAUCGAUCGGAUACCCGAGUGCAAAGUUACGUUCGUUUGAAGUUUCGGCCGAAGUUAGGAGUUGAUCGGAAAAAAAAAAAAUUUGGACCAAACCGCUGGGUGGGGUGGCGGUUUUGAGCCAAACCGCCACCCCACCCAGCGGUUUGGUCCAAAAUUUUUUUUUUUAUAAUCGCCCCCUAGGCCCGCGGUUUGCAUAGAAAACCGCGCCCCCAACAAACGGUUUUCGUGUAAACCGCAGGGUGGGGUGGCAGUUUUUGAAAAAGGGUGGUAUUUUUGGAAUUUUUUGGGAUUGGGUGGUAUUUUUGGAAUUUUUUUUUUUAAAGAGUGGUACUUUUGGACUUUCUCCCUUGCUUGCGACCUGUUGUAAUCAAACAUGUCCACCGCGGCCGAUCCGAGCAAUCAGGCGGCUGUUGCUAGGAAGCCGAAGGCUCCGUUCAAGUUCUUGGUUCCGCUCAUCUACGCUCCAGUUCUUCCAUUGAUUCGGCUAUCGCUGCGUAGGAAUCCGGCCUUGAGGGACAGGUUGUUCACUGCUGUGUUGGCGGGUGCCUUUAUCCAUGGUGGUUACUUGGUCACUGAUCUAUAUGAUGCAGAGAGCAAGUGAAGCGCGAAGUUAGUAGCACGGAGGGAUCCUCGCUGCUAAAUUUUUUUGACAUACACCAAGAUUGAUUUGUUGAUUUGAUAGUUUAGUGUGUCUUCUUUGGAGCUCGAUGACUUCUGAGUUGUAAGUCGAUGGCAUUUACGAGUCGAAAAUAAUACUAGAGAUACAAACAGAGUCAGUCCUCUAACAGGUGGAAGAAGUCCUAACAAGUGCGAAAGCUAUAGUGACGGAUUGUUCCCAGAAGACGGUGGAUAUAUGGCACAUUAGCAUCACGACUUGAUUGUGAGAUCCGAUCCAGGCCGUGACAAUAUUUCCAAUCCUGAAUGUAACUUGUUUCAUGUGUUUCUCUUAAGUUGGAAGAAAGAAACAAAAGCGCGCAAUUGGACGGUGAACAUGUGCGCCACCACUUCUGGCCGAGCCUAGAACCACCACCACCAUUUGUAACUUUCUGCACUUUUUUUUUUUUUCACACACACGUCUUGUUCAUGAGAAAAAGGUGCUUUUUUUUUCUGUCAAUUCUUCACAAUCAAACAUUUGUUUGCCCUGAUUAGCAAUUUGACAUCAUUGAAAAUCAAAACUUUGUUUGUCCUGAUCAGCCCUUUGACAUCCUCGAAACUUCGUAAACGAAUUACAAAACUGCGUCGUGGUUGGUCUAUCGUCUUGGUUUCAUCUCUCCUUCUCGUGAUUUCUGUUACCAAAAACUCGUUCGAAUGUAGCCCAUCGAACGAGGUGGGAAUCGAAUACACGAUCUAUCGUUCA